CAACGACGCAAGGGGGUUUGGAGGGAUGCGGAUCUGCUUUCUGCCCGCGGGAUGCGAACUGGCCGAGCUGCGCGCGCAGAAGUAUGCGCGCCGCACACGCCACGAAGCGGGAUGGUAGAGGAGGAGGAGGAGGAGGAGGAGGAGCAGAAGGAGCAGGAGGAGCAGGAGGAGGGAACUCUCGACCCGCCAGCGCUGCGAGGACACCCUGCGAGCCGGCCCCGCCGCGCGCGCCGCAGGUGCGCAGGCGCAGCCCGCCGCGACCGCCGCCGAGGCGGCGCCCGGGGUCCGCGGCCCGCCACGCCGACGCUCGGCGGGGAUCGCCGCGGCCCGGGCCGCCUCGCCGCUGCGGGGGCCUCCCUUUUGGUGGCCGCGCGCGUGGCCGGUCCUGCUCGGGGGCCUCAGAGGCGGCGUGGUGACCGAUUGGUGCGUCGGGAGGCAGCUCCAGGCAUGCUCGCGUCGUGAAGGACUCAGGGCGGGGGGGGGUCCGCCGAGUUCGGCCUCGGGGGGCCCUCGCUGGGCCUAGGGGCCGUCAGAAGACGGGGUCAAGAACCGGCCCAGGGAAAGGGUCGGGACCUGCGGGAACCGCAGAUUGAAAGAAUCAGAACAUC